GUCAUUCAGUCAAGUGCUACCUGAUGGAAUCGGGCUAACUAAGAAGUGUCUCGCGUGCGUACUCGAAUCGUUAGUACAAAGAUCCAAAGUGUUCAACCCAAAUCCGUAGCGAAAUUUUGAAAAAUCUCCCCCCUACAACAUAACGUAGAGCAAAGUGUUCAAAUCGAAGCAGUGAAAGUAAAAAAAAAGCCAGUAGAAUUAUUUACCGUUAACCCGUGAAGCUACGAAGAAGAUUCUGUGAAAUUGUGAACCUAUAGUAAGAAGAUAAGUGAAGCAACCAUGCACGAAGAAGCCUCAUCGACGGCCAGUUCUUCCACCAAACCGACCAACAUCAUCUACGCUAACAUCAAUGGCGGAGGGGGUGGCGGGGGUGGCAGCGCCAUAUCCGGCGGGGGUGGUGCAACCCAUCUUAACGGAAAUCUCCUGAUAACAACAACACCAACCGUCCAGGACGCAUCCUCUUCCCUGUACGAGUUGGUCCAUCAGCAGCAGCAGCAUCAUCAUCAACAACCUUCUUUCCACCAACACCAUCACCAUCAACAACAACAACAACAGCAGCAGCAGCAGCAGCACCAUCAACAGGUCAUGACAUCGACCCAACCAAUCCAUUCAACCAAAAUCAUCAUCACCAACCAGCCCCUAAUCAGUACCACCACCACAACUAGUCCGGUAGAGGUUCGCCCCAUACAGCAUCACACCAUACAACAACAGCAGCAGCAGCAAGCCCAACUCCACCAACAUCAACAUCACCUCGUUCAAUCAACAUCGUGCUCAUCGGGCAAUGCUCCGACUUCCUCCGGAACGACGACUACGACCACUACCAUCGUCAUCAACACGGAAGAGUCAUCCCCGUUUGACGCCGCUGCUGCUGCUGUUUCCAUUCUGGAUUCCGAACCAGGAACAUCCACCGGACUGAUGUCCGACACGGUGGCAGCGGCUGCAGCCGCACUGAUCGAUCUGCAUCCGUCGUCCUCGUGCAGUUCGGCUUCACCCAGUGCUGGAAACAUUGGUGGUGGUGGUGCUGACGUGGUUCACCUACAAGAACUGGGAGUAGCAACGACGACCACCAGCAGCAACGGAACGGCUUCAACGUCGUCAACAUCGGCUUCAUCGUCAGCGGAAGGAGGAGUGGCGCUGCAUGAGCCCAUCGAAAUUAAAAUUCCAUCGGAGGGGUCCUAUGCCGAGGGAUCCGAUGGUGGCUACCACGACAACAUCUCCCAAACGCAGUCGAAUUAUCUCGCGAUCCCCCCGUCAGAACUGUGCCCGGUGUGCGGUGACAAAGUUUCAGGCUACCACUACGGACUGCUGACGUGCGAAUCGUGCAAGGGCUUCUUCAAGCGAACCGUCCAGAACAAGAAGGUCUACACCUGCGUCGCCGAGCGGCAGUGUCACAUCGACAAGACCCAGCGCAAGCGCUGCCCGUACUGUCGCUUCCAGAAGUGUCUCGAAGUCGGCAUGAAGCUAGAAGCUGUUCGAGCCGAUCGGAUGCGUGGUGGAAGGAACAAGUUCGGACCCAUGUACAAACGCGAUCGGGCGCGAAAGCUUCAAAUCAUGCGACAGCGACAGUUGGCCAUCCAAGCCUUGCGGGGGUCUAUCGGUGGCGGCGUCGGCAUCGGUCAGCUCGGUUCGGACGGUGCCUCGGCGCAACUGCAGGGCAUCGACUACCACCAGCCGUACUCCAACAUGCACAUCAAGCAGGAAAUCCAAAUACCGCAGGUGUCCUCGUUGACGUCCUCACCCGAUAGCUCACCUAGUCCGAUCGCCAUUGCGUUAGGUCAAGUAAACCCGCAGACGACGAUAUCGCUGAGCAGUGGCGUUGGAGGCAACGGCAGCAGUGGAGGUGGCGGUGGUGGCGGAGGUGGAGGCAGCAACAACAGUUCCGGUGCGGGCACCGGUGGUUCCAACUCGACGUCCUCGGCAAUCCAGAACCAGCUCUCGGAAGCCAAGCUAUGGAUGAGCGCCAACUCGACGACCGCCUCGCCACAUUCGCUAAGUCCCAAAGCGUUCAGCUUCGACAGUGGAACGAAUCCCACCAGUACGGCCGAUUCGGGCAAUCCAGCGGACACGUUAAGGGUUUCGCCGAUGAUUCGCGAUUUCGUACAAUCGAUCGACGAUCGGGAGUGGCAGACGUCGCUGUUUUCGCUGUUGCAGAGCCAAUCCUACAAUCAGUGUGAAGUGGAUCUCUUUGAGCUGAUGUGCAAAGUAUUAGACCAAAAUCUGUUUUCCCAGGUGGACUGGGCGCGGAAUACGAUAUUCUUUAAGGAUUUGAAGGUGGACGACCAGAUGAAGCUGCUGCAGAACAGCUGGUCCGACAUGCUGGUGCUGGAUCACAUCCACCAGCGGUUACACAACGGCCUGCCGGACGAAACCACCCUGCACAAUGGGCAAAAGUUUGAUCUCUUAGGUUUAGGGCUGCUGGGCGUGCCGAGCCUGGUCGAGCACUUUAACGAGCUGCAAAACAAGCUGCAGGAGCUCAAGUUCGACGUCGGCGACUACAUCUGCAUGAAAUUCCUGCUGCUGUUGAAUCCUGUAGAAGUACGGGGGAUCACCAACCGGAAAACGGUGGUCGAAGGCUAUGAGAAUGUGCAAGCAGCGCUGCUGGAUUACACCCUCACCUGUUAUCCGUCGGUGCCUGAUAAGUUUAGUAAGUUGCUCAGUAUUAUUCCGGAAAUCCACGCGAUGGCCACCCGAGGCGAGGAGCACCUGUACAUUAAGCACUGUGCCGGCAGUGCGCCUUCCCAGACGCUAUUGAUGGAGAUGCUGCACGCCAAGCGGAAAUGAAGUCACCGGCGUCGUCGUCUUUCUUAGUUAUUGUGAUCGCCAUGGGCGUUGGGAGCAUAGCACUAGAAGCAGUGGGAAGGUUGCCUAGGGGUUUAAGUUAGCAGCGAAAACACCAACUCCUUACCACUCAAUCCAGCCAAUCGGAGACAAACCAACAAAAACACCUUCGAAGAUGAUGUGAACGAUGUGUGGAUAGCAGAAGCAGAAAUGUGUUCUUUUCGUUUCUUGAUAAAUGAGUACUUUAGUUGCAUCGAGCGAAGCGAAUGUUCCAUGCCUUCUUGUUAAACUACUUUGUAAUAAUUUAACAGUUAACUAAGGCGUCCAUUUUGAGCGAAAGGUGUGAAUAGUCCCCGACCUGAAGCGAAAAAUCGUGAAAAAUCCGUACCAUAACUCGUAAAAUGGAGCAGCAAGCCAUACAGCCAACGCGUCUGUGUGCGAUUCAACCACUCUUUAAAAAGUGCACUACAACUACUACUACUACACAAGUUGGAGAAAACAAUGACGUUACCAUUUCAUCUCAGCGAUUUAAAUUUUAAUUCUACAGUAAAUUGUGAAACCAGCAAACGUGUAAUAGUCGUCAGUUCAAAAACAAAAAUCAAUUACCCGAUGAAUCUAAUGCAAAAACAGAAACAGUGUGUCAAACAAUGACCACGAAUCAAAGUUCUCAAAACAGAAACGGACAAAACAACAGAUUACCGCAGAUUGCAACUCUCAACGUGACACUAGGAACAUGUUUAAAAUCUUAAAAUCAAAUAGAAUAUAUACAAACCCAAACGCAAAAAAAAAACCAACAUACAGAACGUAAAACAAAGGAUCUAAAACUAAGUGUUCAAUAAAUGUUAAAUCAA